CCGCCUCCUGGGUUCAGGCAAUUCUCCUGCCUCAGCCUCCCGAGUAACUGGGAUUACAGGCACGCACCACCAUGCCCAGCUAAUUUUUGUAUUUUUAGUAGAGCUAGGGUUUCACCAUGUUGACCAGGAUGGUCUCGAUCUCUUGACCUCGUGAUCCACCCGCCUCAGCCUCCCAAAGUGCUGGGAUUACAGGCGUGAGCCACUGUACCUGACCAAGAAAAGCUUUUUAUUGUUAGUUGACUCACAAGAUGAAUCAAACUCAAAUUGUCUUUAUGUACUGACUUUAAGGCAGUGAUUUAAUUAUAAAAUGUUUAGGAGAUGGAUUCUGGGGUUCUCAGGUAAUUAGUACAAGGAAAGGAGAGGUCUGCAAAGUCUUCAGGCAUGCACAGUUCUCCUCAUGUCUCCUCAUGCAUGAUGUGCAAAUUUACAGGGAGUUAGUAUGAACCAUGGCGUGGAAAUUCAGGCUCUGACGUCAGCAUGCUUGCUCUGUGCAAACUCCUUUUGGCCAUAUUGGUUUCAACCAAUUUUGGCCAGUUUUGUAGAGGGAAUUUGAGGAUUUCAGGAAGUUGUUUCUUAAAUGCUGUUCUGUAAAUGAAUGAUUUGUGUCAGUCACUGGUUUAUUUAACUCUUUGGGCAAUGGGUUCACUACCACCUGUCCUGAUGCCACUUGAUCUUUCCUGGGCCUCCUUCCGUUCCAUCAUUCUCUCAUCAUACUUUGCCACGCAAAUAACUCCCCUGCUAUUCUGUAGGUAACCCAGAUACCAGCUGUACUGCUUCCUGUCUUAGAUAUCUAUAUAUACUCUGACCUAAUCAAAACCAGAAAUGUGGAGCUGAAAAAGCCAGUGUGUGAAACAAGAAAAGCAAUAGAGACUGGUAGCAACAGUAUUGAACAAGCAGAAGAAAGAAUGUGUGAACUUGAAGAUAGGGUAUUUGAAAAUACAUGCUCAGAGAAGAAGAAAGAAGAAUAUAAAAAAUAAAGUCAUCAGGAUAUAUGGGACAGCAUCCAAAGAGCCAAGUUCCCGUUAUAGGAUUUCAAGAAGAAAAAGAGAAGGGUAUAGAAAACUUAUUCAAAGAAGUGGCCGGGCGCAGUGGCUCACGCCUAUAAUCCCAGCACUUCGGGAGGCUGAGGCGGGUGGAUCACGAGGUCGAGAGAUCGAGAGCAUCCUGGUCAAUGAGGUGAAACCCCGUCUCUACUAAAAAUACAAAAAUUAGCUGGGCAUGGUGGCGCACGCCUGUAGUCCCAGCUACUCGGGAGGCUGAGGCAGGAGAAUCGCUUGAACCCAGGAGGCGGAGGUUGCGGUGAGCCGAGAUUGUGCCAUUGCACUCCAGUCAGUAACAACAGCGAGACUCCAUCUCAAAAAAAAAAAAGAAAGAGUAGCCAAAAGUGUCCAUAUCUGGGAAAAUACAUAAAUGUCUAGGUGUAGGAAGCUUAAAGUUCUCUAGUUUAAAUUCAGCUAAGACUACAGCAAGACAUAAUAAACUGUCAAAAAUCAAAGACAAAAGCAGAGGGUUUUUUGUUUGUUUUUUGUUGUUUUGAGGCAGUCUUGCUCUGUUGCCCAGGCUGGAGUACAGUGGCACCAUCUCAGCUCAUUGCAACCUUUGCCUCCUGGGUUCAAGUGGUUCUCGUGCCUCAGCCUCCCAAGUAACUGGGGCUACAGGUGUGCACCUCCACACACAGCUAAUUUUUGUACUUUUUAAUAGAGACAGGGUUUCACUAGGUUGGCCAGGAUGGUCUUGAACUCUUGAUCUCGUGAUCCACCUGCCUCAGGCUCCCAAAGUGCUGGGAUUACAGGCAUGAGCCACCGUGCCCGGCCUUUAUCCAUUUUUUAUUUAAACAUUGCCUCAAAAUCCAUUAACAACUUAAAUAUAUAUAAGGUCUGAAACUAUAAAACUACAAGGAUAAUUCAUAGGGGAAGAGCUACAUUAUAUGGAUUUGAGGAAUUAUUUUUGGAUAUGAUCCCAAAAGCACAGUCAAUGAAAGCAAAAAUAGACAAUUGGAAUUAUAUCAAAAACUUCUAUACAGCAAAAGAAACAACACAGUGAAGCAACCAUCAACAGAAUGGCAAAAAGUGAUUGGAAACCUUACCAAGAGGUUUAUAUCCCAAAUACAUAAAAAUCUCAAAAAACCCCAUAGCAGGUAAACAAAUACCUUGCUUUAAAAGUGAGCAAAGGUCAUGAAUGGGUAUUUAUCCAUUGAAGACAUACAAAUACCCAAAAGGGAUAUGGCGAAAUGCUCAAAAUCACUAAUCACGAGGGAAAUGCAACUCAAAAUCACAAGAUAUCAUCUCAGCACAGUUAGAAUGGCUACUAUCAAAAAGACAAAAAGUAAAAGUGCAGGCAAGGAUGUGUUAAAAAGGGAGCUCUCACACACUCCUGGUGGGAGUCUAAAUUAGCACAGCCAUAUGGAAAACAGCAUGGAGGUUCCUCAAGCAAUUAAAAAUAUAAUUAAUAUGCUAGCCAACAAUUCCACUGCUGGGUAUAUAUUCAAAAGGAUCAUGAGAUCAGUAUGUCAAAGAGAUAUCUUCAUCCCAUGUGAUAUGGUUUGGCUCUGUGUCCCCACCCAGAUUCUCCUGUUGAUUCGUAAUUGCCAAUGUUGGAGGAGGAUCCUUAUGGGAGGUGAUUGAAUCGUGGGGGCAAACUUUCCCUGGUUAUUCUUGUGAUAGAGUUCUCACAUGAUCUGGUUGUUUGAAAGUACAUAGCUAUACGGACACAGUGGCCCACACAAGUAAUCUCAGCACUCUAGGAGGCCAAGGCAGGCGGAUCACUUGAGGUCAGGUGUUUGAGACCAGUCUGGGCAAUAUGGCAAAACCCCGGGUCUACUAAGAAUACAAAAAAGUAAGCCAGGCAUGGUGAUGGGUGACUCCUAUAAUCCCAGCUAUUUGGGAAGCUGGGACGGGGUAAUCGCUUGAAGAGAAAAAGAAAAUGUGUAACGCUUUCCUUUUCACUCUCUCCUCCCUGCUUUGGCCAUGUGAAGACUGCCUGCUUCCCCUUUGCCUUCCACCAUGAUUUUUAAGUUUCCUGGCACCUCCCCAGGAUCAGAAGCCUGGACAGCCCACACAAUCAAGAGCUGCUUAAACCUCUUUUCUUUGUAAAUUACCCAGUCUCAGGGACCCUUGACAUUCAGGGAUGUGGCCAUAGAAUUCUCUCAGGAGGAGUGGAAAUGCUUGGACCCAGCUCAGAGGACUUUAUACAGGGACGUGAUGCUGGAGAACUACAGGAACCUGGUCUCCCUGGGAAUGUGUCUUCCUGACCUGAGUAUUAUCUCCAUGAUGAAGCAAAGGACAGAGCCCUGGACUGUGGAGAGUGAAAUGAAAGUAGCAAAACAUCCAGCUAGAUGGGAAGGUAUGAAAGACAUCAGCACAGGAAGGAGGUGUGCAGUGAGUAGCAAAACAGGAAACAACCGUGUUACAAAUCCACUUGGAUUAACCUUUCGGUUACCUCUGCCGGGACUGGAGAUAUUUGAAGGUGAAGGGAAAUUUUACGAAUGCAGUCAAGGAGAAAAGUUCAUCAGCCACAGUUCUUCAGUUUCGCCACUUCCAAACAUUUCUUAUGGUGUCAAAACAUGCAUUUUUAAUAAACUCAGGAACGAUUUUGUUGAUUUUCCAUUACUCUCACCAGAACAGAAAGCACGCAUUAGGAGCAAACCUGACAAAUGUAAAGAGCAGAGCAAAGUCUUCAGAGUGUCUUCAAGCUUUCCUAAUCCUCAAGCAGUCCACACUGCAGAUAAAGCUAACAGGUGUCAUGAAUGUGGUAAAGUCUUCAGGAACAAGUCAUACCUUGCAGAACAUUGGAGAAUCCAUUCGGGAGAGAAGCCUUACAAGUGUAAAGAAUGUGGCAAGCUCUUCAAUCGAAUCGCCUACCUUGUCCGACAUGAGAAGGUCCAUACUGGCGAGAAUCCUCACAAAUGUAAUGAAUGUGGCAAGGUCUUCAGUCGAAUUACGUACCUUGUGCGACAUCAGAAAAUUCAUACUGGAGAGAAGCCUCAUAAAUGUAAUGAAUGUGGCAAGGUUUACAGUAGUAGUUCGUACCUAGCACAGCACUGGAGAAUUCACACAGGAGAGAAACUUUACAAAUGUAAUAAAUGUGGCAAAGAAUUCAGUGUGCAUUCAAGCCUCACCACCCAUCUGUUAAUCCACACUGGAGAGAAACCUUACAAAUGUCAAGACUGUGACAAGGCCUUUAGGCACAAGUUUUCCCUAACAGUUCAUCAGAGACAUCACAACGGAGAGAGACCUUAUAAAUGUAAUGAAUGUGGCAAAGUCUUCACUCAGGUUUCACACCUUGCACGACAUCAGAAAAUUCAUACUGGAGAGAAACCUUACAAAUGUAAUGAGUGUGGCAAAGUCUUCACUCAGAAUUCACACCUUGCAAAUCAUCACAGAAUCCAUACUGGAGAGAAACCUUACAAAUGCCACGUGUGUGGUAAGGUCUUUAGACACAGUUCAUGGCUUACACAGCAUCAGAGAAUUCAUUGAUGAGCCAGUCCUUACAAACCCUAUCAUACGUUCUGGCAUUAAUCAACGUCAGAGUCCAUACUAGAAAGAAAUUGUUUAAAUGUAAUCAGUACGGCACAGGCUGUAUCGAGACCUACCAAAUCACUAGACAUCAGAACAUACGUCUUUGAUGAAACCACACAAAUGGAUUGUGUGCGCCAAGGCUAACAAGUCAAAUGUGUUGAACCUAAUGACACGAUGUGUGUAAAGAGUGCCAGGACACGUGGAAAUGGUCUGUUAUAUUCAGGUUAUUAAAAAUGUAAUUACUUGGGGUUCGUUUGAAAGGCCAGGUGCGGUGGUUCAUACCUGCAAUCUCAGCACAGUAGAAAGCCAAGACAGCAGGAUCACUUGAGGCCAGGAGAUCAAGAUCAGCAUGGGCAGCACAGCAGGGGCCGUCUCUACGACACGAAAAAGUAAGGCGGGCCCUUGGCACUUGUCUAGUUCCAGCUACUCCAGAGGCCAAGGCAAGAGGACUGUUGGAGCCCAGGAGUUUGAGAGGUUGAAUAAUGAGCUGUGAUCUUACCACUGUGCUUCAGCCUGGAUGACAGAGUGAGACCCUGUCACAAAAGAAAAAGGCUGCUUUUUAUGACUUUCACCCUGAACUUUGAAUCUCUUUAUGUGCCUUCCCUACAGGCCUUUCACUGUGGUCUCUGGGAAAGAAUCGGUAAGAUGACAGGGCUGACUUAAUUACCUGAGGAGCAUUUCUAUCCAAUUUCCUGGAAGAAUAAGGACACUGCCUUUUUUUUUUUUUUUUUGAGACGGAGUUUCGCUUUUGUUACCCGGGCUGGAGUGCAAUGGCACGACCUCGGCUCACCACAACCUCCGCCUCCUGGGUUCAGGCAAUUCUCCUGCCUCAGCCUCCUGAGUAGCUGGGAUUACAGGCACGUACCACCAUGUCCAGCUAAUUUUUUGUAUUUUUAGUAGAGACGGGGUUUCACCAAAUUGACCAGGAUGGUCUUGAUCUCUUGACCUCGUGAUCCACCCGCCUCGGCCUCCCAAAGUGCUGGGAUUACAGGCUUGAGCCACCGCGCCCGGCCGCAGGACACUGCCUUUUAAGAUUAAUUUUUUUUUUUUUUUUGGGAUGGAGUUUCGCUCUUGUUACCCAGGCUGGAGUGCAAUGGCUCCAUCUCGGCUCACCGCAACCUCCGCCUCCUGGGUUCAGGCAAUUCUCCUGCCUCAGCCUCCUGAGUAGCUGGGAUUACAGGCACGCGCCACCACGCCCAGCUAAUUUUUUGUGUUUUUAGUAGAGACGCGGUUUCACCAUGUUGACCAGGAUGGUCUCGAUCUUUUGACCUCGUGAUCCACCCGCCUCGGCCUCCCAAAGUGCUGGGAUUACAGGCGUGAGCCACCGCGCCCGGCCUCUGAUUAAAUAUUGUCUGCUUUAGAGACCAUGGAGGUGGAUAGAGAGUAACAAAGCCGUGAAGGCAGUCCUCGUGUUUCUUGCAGUUAGCACACUAUUUUCCUGACAGGCACAGUGCUGUGCUCUACAACAGAUAGGAAACAAGAGCACACCAUGACUUUAGGACACUGGGAUUUUUAUUUGAAGAGAGGUCAUUAGGGGCUGAUUAUGUAGUAGAGAUGAUGUGGGGGAAAUGGUGGCCACCUUCUCCAUUGAAUAGCAAUAGCUGUUAGCAAAGACUGAUUAAAAAGUAAUUUUUGAAAUGGAAGGAAGAACAGUUAUAUCAGAGUAGAGAGUUUAAUCAAAACUACCAAUGUGGCUGGGCGCGGUGGCUCACACCUGUAAUCCCAGCACUUUGGGAGGCUGAGGUGGGUGGAUUGCCUGAGGUCAGGAGUUCAAGAGCAGCCUGGCCAACAUAGUGAAACCCCAUGUUUACUAAAAAUGCAAAAAAUUAGCUGGACCUGGUGGUGGAUAUCUGUAAUUCCAGCUACAUGGGAGGCUGAGGCAGGAGAAUCACUUGAACCCAAGAGGUGGAGGUUGCAGUGAACCAAAUCACACCAUUGCACUCCUGCCUGGGCAACAAGAGGGAAACUCUGCCCGCCCUCCCCCCACCUGCCCAAAAAAAUAACAAUGUAACAUGUUCUUGAGUAGGAUUUACAUUUAACUGCUGGCAUAAUUUGCAACUGUUUGAUUUAGUGUCCAUAGUUCUUAGCUUUGGAACAAUAAAGUUUAAAUUUUCCAAA